AUGUCACUUUUUAUUUUACUUUUUCAUUUGUUAUUUAUUUGCAAUCAUAUUACAAAUGCACAUUGUCCAGAUGAUCAAGAUCUUCAAGACCAUCACUGUGUAUGUAGUCCAGCAAACCAUUUUGUUUUAUGUUCAUCAUUACCUAAUCAAUGUCGAACAUGUUCUCGUUAUAAAGGCAUAUUGUUCGAUGAGAAAGUUAAUAUAUUACCAGUUGAUGCUUUUCGUUUUUAUGACUUUUUCGGUAGUGAUGAUAAGAACCUUUUAUUUAAAAUCCAAUUUGCUCACAUAAAUACUCUUUCAUCGAACUCAUUUUCAAAAAUCAAUAUUACUCGAUAUAGAACAUUAGAAAUUAAAAUAGUAAAAUAUUCAUAUUCUGCAUUACCUACAAGACUCUUUGAAGAUGUAGAAAUUCAAUCAAAAUCAAAAUUAAAUAUUGAAGUGUUCAAUGUAACAUCCCCUAUUUUAAUGAUAAAACAAAACGCAUUCGAUGGGAUAAAAUUUCAGCGUGAAAGCCGAUUUCAAUUGUCAAUAUAUCAUGCAAAAGAUACGAUACUAUUUGAAUCUAAUGCAGGAUCACUUCUGUUACCGUCUUAUUCUUCUAUGGAAUUAUAUUUUUUUAAUUUUCUUCAAGUUUUUUUAAAUCCACAUAGUUUUGCUCAUGUAAGACAAGAACAUUCAAGCGAACUGAUCAUCAAAUUCGAUCGUUUUCAAUAUGCAUCACUUGCACAAAAUUCAUUUGUUAAUUUUCAUCAACUUCGUGAAUCUCGUUUUCAUUUAUCAUUGCUGAACUUUCAUGGUUUAACAAUCGAACAGAAUCUAUUCGAACGAGUAACACAAUUAAAAUCAUAUAUAAUAAUAUCAAUUUAUAAUUUGACCAAUGAUUUAUGUUUACCAAAUAAAACAUUUGACCAAAUAAAACAAGAUUUCAAUUCAACAUUUCAGUUUGAAAUUAAUUAUGGACAAAAUCUUCUUUUUGCAUCAAAUUCCAUAACGAAUGUAAAUCAAAAUUUACAAUCGAAAUUUACUAUUGCGAUAGCAAAUUCACUUGAUAUUUAUUUUUCUCGCUGUGCAUUUAAUAAUAUUCAUCAGGAAGACCAUUCAUUAAUUGAUAUUUCGGUUAAAUAUGGACAAAAUUUAAUAUUUGACGACUAUGCAAUUAACAAUAUGAAUAUUAAUCAUUCAAGUAUGUUAAAAAUUGGUUAUCAACAUUCAAUAGGCACUCUACAAAUGACUAUGAAUUCAUUUUCUAAUAUCAAUGAAGGUCAAGGUGGUGAAUUAGUUUUUCAAAUAAUGAAUUCAUCCGAUUUCUAUUUUCGUUUUAAUCAAUCAACUUCAUUACAACGUUUAGUAAUACUUGAUCCGCCAUUGUCUUCCAAUGAUUUUUGUCGUAUAGCAAAUAUACCAGCACAUAUAUCAGUUAAACUCUUACAUACUUAUCAAUGUUCAUGUACUGUUUAUUAUUUGUAUCGAAAUCUUUAUCGUAAAAUUCAUCCGACUGAUCUUAGAAAUUUAGUGCCAAUAUGCUAUAUCAAUAUGUCUCUUGAUGAUAUUGAAAAUGAAUGUUCAUUUAGUAAACAAAUUUAUGACUGCCAACAAAGUGCAACCGAAAUACAAAUUAAUAUUCCACGAGGAAUAUGUGAAAAUAAUUCGAGAUCAAACAAAAAUCAAUUUAAAAAACGUUGGACAUUUUUAUCUGUAGUUUCAAUUCUAAUUAUAUUCAGUUCUAUGAUAUUGACUGCAACAUGUAUUUACAUACUAUUCUCAAAGAAUAGAAGAGAACCAUUGUUAAAUUUUAUUUCUAUGUGUUAUUAUCGUUAUCGCCGUCAAAAACUACCAAUAUUUUCAGCAGAUCCAUACGAAGAAUUACCAACAAAUGAUCAAGAAGAAUCAAAUGAUAGUAGAAGAAGUAUUAUUGUGACAUAUAACACAACAACAGAACAAACCGAACUUUGUUUGGAUUCAGAUAAAAUAGAGUUUAUUGUAUCCGAAACGGACCAUCACCGGCAAACUACACUAGAUGCGAAAAUCAAAUUAAACACAAAUCCAAUGAAUGAAACUGAAGAUUAUAAUACUUUAAAAAUGAUUUCAUUCAGUUAA